GCGGCGUGGGGCUGCCCCUCCCCGGAGGCGGCGGGGGCGGCCGGGGCCGCGCCGCACCGCACCGCGCGGGCGGCUGUGGAGCGUGCCUGAGGCCCGCCAGGACAUGAAUUAUCUCCUUUUGACUACCAUUUCAGUGCUUGUAAGUGUGAAGUCAGCAACUUCAGCCUUCAGAUUGAUAACUAUUUAACACCUGUCUCACGCCUGGGCAGUUUCCUUGAUGCUUCCUUAGAGCCUGGUGGUCAUUUUUGUUGCUGUCCUUCACAGGAAUCAUGGAGGCACUGCAGUGAAGGAAUGUGUAAUCAUGGAAUCUUGCUAAUUGUCACCACCUGUUCUUUGUGAUAAGCCAGCAAGGACGUGGGCGGAGGAGAAGGAAAAGAGGCCAACAUGAAGCUGAAGCAGCGAGUUGUGCUGUUAGCAAUACUCCUUGUCAUUUUUAUCUUCACCAAAGUUUUCCUGAUAGACAAUUUAGAUACAUCAGCUGCCAACCGAGAGGACCAGAGGGCUUUUCACCGAAUGAUGACUGGCUUGCGGGUGGAGCUGGUACCCAAGUUGGACCACACCCUGCAGUCUCCUUGGGAGAUUGCGGCCCAGUGGGUGGUGCCCCGAGAAGUGUACCCUGAAGAGACACCAGAGCUGGGAGCAAUCAUGCAUGCUAUGGCCACUAAGAAAAUCAUUAAAGCUGACGUGGGCUACAAAGGGACACAGUUAAAAGCUUUACUGAUUCUUGACGGAGGACAGAAAGUUGUCUUCAAACCUAAGCGAUACAGCAGAGACUAUGUGGUAGAAGGGGAGCCAUACGCUGGGUAUGACAGACACAACGCAGAGGUUGCAGCCUUCCAUUUGGACAGGAUUCUGGGUUUCCGACGCGCUCCCUUGGUCGUGGGCAGACAUGUUAAUCUGCGGACAGAAAUCAAACCUGUUGCCACGGAGCAGCUGCUGAGCACCUUCCUCACUGUAGGGAACAAUACUUGUUUUUAUGGGAAGUGCUACUACUGUCGAGAAACAGAGCCAGCAUGUGCAGAUGGUGAUAUGAUGGAGGGAUCUGUCACACUUUGGCUUCCAGAUGUGUGGCCUCUGCAGAAGCAUCGACAUCCCUGGGGCAGGACUUACCGAGAAGGCAAACUGGCCAGGUGGGAAUAUGAUGAGAGCUACUGCGAUGCUGUGAAGAAAACGUCCCCCUAUGACUCAGGUCCACGCCUCCUGGACAUCAUUGACACGGCUGUCUUUGAUUACUUGAUUGGCAAUGCUGACCGCCAUCACUAUGAAAGCUUUCAAGAUGAUGAAGGAGCUAGCAUGCUUAUUCUUCUUGAUAAUGCCAAAAGCUUUGGGAACCCCUCGCUGGAUGAGAGAAGCAUUCUUGCCCCUCUCUAUCAGUGUUGCAUUAUUCGGGUUUCAACGUGGAAUAGACUGAAUUAUCUAAAGAAUGGAGUACUAAAGUCUGCCUUAAAAUCUGCCAUGGCCCAUGACCCCAUCUCCCCUGUGCUCUCCGAGCCACACUUGGACACUGUGGACCAGCGGCUUCUGAAUGUCUUGGCCACCAUCAAGCAGUGUACUGACCAGUUUGGGAUGGAUACUGUGCUGGUGGAAGACAGGAUGCCGCUCUCCCACUUGUAACUCUCAACACAAAACAAGUGGAACUGAUUUUUACAAAGAUAGAGAAACAGCACAGUCAAUUCCAGAUGGCAUGUGAUGGCUUGCAGGUGGCCACAGCGGCUUCUGGUGGCAGAAGACAGUGGCCCUGGGAGGCUCCGUGUUUUCUGCAGGGCAAGCUAAAGACCACAGUGCCGCAGGAGUGUCUCUGUGGACUCACCUCUCAAGCAGCAGGACGCAGCUCUGCUCAGUCUUGAUUCCCACUCCAGAGGGCAAGUAGGCUAAGGACUUGGUUCCAGAGUGUGCGUCUGCCGUGAACCUGGCUGUCCUUUCUCCAUACUAUGGAUUCUCCGAAAAUACUUUGCAGUCCCUUGUGUCUUUAAAAAACAAAAACCAGAACUAGUCAGAGUGCAAAACAUACUGCUCCUCCAGAGUGGCAUCAGACGAGAGAGCAGUCUGCUCCAGGAGACCGUGUCUAAGGUAGAGGAGGAAGGGGAAGGGCAGGAAGGGCUUGGGACUCCAAGCUAUUGGGUGGCAUGGAUUUGACAUCUCAGGGAAGAGAAGAGGGACGGACUCACUUUAUAGAACGGGGAAAAUAAUUGACUUAGUGAAGAACAGCUUCCCCUCUGUUUAAGUUCUUAGCUAUGUCCAGAGCAAACAGUCAUCCCCCAGUUGUGUUCACAUUAACCACAAUCAUCUCUAGUGGAAAUACUAUUACAACCCAAGCAUGAUCCUCUAUGGACACUAACUCACCCCAUGCCCACUUUUGCCCAAAGUAGCAAAACAAACCAAAACUGUUCUUUGCCCCCCUCUUUUCUUUUUCUCUCAAUGGCAUUGUUUAUUUUGAUGUAGACCAUAGACUCUAGCCCCUGCUGAUCUGGAACUCACUGUAUAGCCCAGGCUCCAGUUAUACUGGCUUCAGCCUUCCACAUGCGAGGAUUAUAGGUAUGAACCAGCAUGCCCAGCUCUCUUCUGAAGUGAACCCUGUGAGGUGAUGAUGGCCUGUAAUGGUGCUGGUCCUAGGAGAUUGGUGGCCUUGUCUGUGCCUCUCUGAUGAGAAAGUGCCCUGGUGCCUGGACUAAGCUUGUGAUGUGUGUCCUACAGGUAACAGAAUGAAAGAUUUUAAGCCUCUGAGCUUGAAACAGGAGAUUACCACAAAGAGCCUUAAUAUUUUGGUUCAUAGCAAAUCCAAAUUCAGUCCUAUGUGGAGUUCUGAGCCCGUGGUGUAGUAGAACUCUUCCCUUCCUGUGUCAGGGUCAGGGUUAGUUUUGUGUUUUGGCAAGUCAUUUGACAGCUGCCAGAUAGCUAGGGGAUGUGUCUGGGACGGGAGCUGCGCUCAGAGCUGUCCCUCUGCAUCCUGUGCAGUUCUGGAAUCUGUCGAGACUAGCCUGUUGGCACUGCUUGACAUCUACUGCCAGCCACAGAGCCUGGCUUGAGAAAACUACCUUUGAGUUUAUUCCCCCAGUUUCUCACAUAAAAUCUGGUAGCCUGUAACCACUUUUAAAUGACAGGAAAUUAGAAAAUUUGUACAUUUAAUGUACACUUUGAGGUAUAUUAAGGAAUACACUGCAUAUUUCUUUUUUUAAAUUCAGGGUAUUGAACUUCAAAAAACAAAUAUUAGCACAAAACAACUAGAAUAGUGUUAACAAAGGAGAUAUUGAGCCAGGCAGUGGUGACACACCUUUAAUCCUGGCAUUCAGGAGGCAGAGGCCGGCAGAUCUCUGUGAGUUCAAGGCCAGCCUGGUCUACAGAGUGAGUUCUAGGACCAAACCCAAAAAACAAAGCAAAAACAAAAGGAGGUAUUAAGUCCAGUUUCCAGGCUACUUGCUGUGUACACCAAGAAACUUGACAGUUGACUUUUGAGAUUAGCGUGGUUGUUAGCACUUUGUGCUGGGAGCCAGCAGAGGGGUGGGAGGCAGUGAGCCCUCCCUUCAGUGCUGACUAAGCCGAGAAGGGGGCAGAACUGUCCCCAGGCAGGCAGCCUCACUUGUGAUGGUGAAGACCAGGCAGAAAGGCUGCUGUAGCAGCUGGAGCGGAGCCACCUCAGGCUUCCUCUCCACACUCAUGGAAUUAGAAGGUGCAGACCCAUAGUGGACAGCUGAGUCGGGGUCACGGCACUUAGAGCACACAGUUGUGUUCCACCUGGCACUGGGUGAAGCUAGGACAGGUCCAGUUGGGUGAAUCUUGGCGUGGCAGGGGCGGGGUAGCCGUAUGCUUCCAGCCCCAAACUUACAGACACAAGUUCUGUUGGGGGAAAAAAGGUAGAUGCAAAUUUUAAAAGUAUUGUAGCUCCAGGCUCUUUUAGGGUCCUUUAUUAGAUUAGGACUGUUAUAAUCAAGGCACGGGCGGGAUUCGGUCAGCUCUAAAUUAGCUUUACUAACUGAACAUCCGCGUAGAUGUAUACAAAACCAUAGAUAGUACAAAACCAAGAAGUCAAUCCAUUGCUGUUUUCUCCUUUCCUUCCACUUCUUAAAUAUAUGGAUUCUGAAGUUGAAAUGGGGGAGAUUUGAAUAUAGAACCUUUAUUCUCAAACUGUCCCUUAUUGAAGGCUGCAUUGUAAUUUUGGGAGAGCUAUAAGUAAUUCACCUUUAAAACAAUAGGUUCUGAUUUGCUCAAGAUGGUUGGUAUGUCUCCUUGUUUGCACUCAGGGUUAAAGUGUCAGACUAAAUUUUUAGAAGAAAAUAGAGAAAUUCAGGUACAUUCAUUACAAAUUAUUCAGCAAAGUGGACCCUGACAGUUUCCUAAUUUUCCCAGUGCUGGAGACAGCAUUGCCAUCCAAAGAAACUCAGGUUUUCUUUAAACUCACGCUUCUUCUCAUCCCCAGCUUCCUGUUCCUUCAGCCCCCCUCCCUUCCCUGUCCUUCCCGGAUCUCUCUAAUCAUCUUGUGAUCAUAACACCUGCUGUCAACACACUCUGUGAGCCCUGUGACCAGGGUUUCUGCAGGUUUGGGUUAACGUGGCCGAGUAUGUAUUCUGCCAAGGAAAAUGUUCAUACUUUGACACAAGGAAAUGCUGAGUGACUGGCACUGAGGAAGGGCUUGGUUUGUAAGGGUUGGGAUGUACACGGAGCUUUUCCCAGGCAGCCUGCUGAGCCCGGUGGUCUGACUGAGCGUGCUCCAUGGGGGAGGCUGGCUCUUCGCCCCUCGUGUCUCUAGUCUGGGUGGUGAGUGGGGGCUGGGCACUGUACUGUUGCAGGUUCUUAGGACCUAAGGUGAUCCUCAGAAACCCCCGGGGGAAGCUGGGAGUAACUUACUGGGAAGCUAAUUUAUUUGUCUAAAGGGUGGUGUGGGUGUCACCACCCACUUGUUUGAUCUGCCUAGGAUUUCCUCUUGGAGCUGUUGUGCAGAUAGAGGUGGUACUCGGUAAGAUACCAAACAGAUUUCUAAUGUGUUAUAUGGGUUUCAAUUCUGAAAAAAAAAUAAAAGAUUUUAAUAUA